GCCAUGGCGAGCGGGCCGGCGAUGGCUCCGGCAGCAGCGUGGCCGGGGGCGGCGGCGACGCAGGACGAGAUGCGGUGGCGGCAGCUGGACAGCGGCGUGAGCGCGGUGUCCUUCGGGUUCGUGGCCACGGCCAUCCUCGUCUCCAUGUUCCUCGCCAUGGCCAUCCUCGAGCACUUCCUCCGCGCCCCGGCGCGCGCCCGCGGGAUGGGCCCCCCGUUCGCGCCCUCGCCGCCCCGAGGAGGGAUCCUCUUCCGCCUGCGCUUCCUCCUCCUCGGCCGCCGCGGCGGCGGCGGCGAGGCCGGUGGCUUCCCCGGCGCGGAUCUCGAGGCGGCCAGCAAGCUCGACGGCCGCGCGUCCCCCGAGAUGCCUGUUUAUGCCAAAGGUGUAUCCGUUCUGAUGCCAGGACAAGAUAUACCAACAUUCAUCGCGCAUCCUGCCCCAGCACCCUGCCCCCCGGAGAGGAUCCAGUGGCCAUCGCAUCAGCCUACUCCUUUUGCCAGUUCCUCCUCAAAUCCAAGCUAG